CGUGUUCAGAUGUCAGUGGACGACAAUAUACAUUCAACGAGCUCGGACGACUGGAGUUUGACCUAUCUCAUUGUGCCGCUCGAUAAAUCAUCAGAGUUUGAUCCGUCAUGUCUGGCCCCACCGCCAAAAAGCUGUACCUCACACGGCACGCUCAAGCCGAGCACAACGUGGAUGAAGACUGGAGCAUUGCCGACGCGCCUCUGACUCCACUUGGCCAAAAUCAGUCUAAACGACUCAAUGAGCUCUCGCAGGGCACCAUACAGAAGACUGCCGACUUGCUCGUCUCUUCGCCCAUGCGCAGACCGCUCGAGACAUUACUUCUUGGCUACCCAGAACUCAAAACCCGUUUAGAAGCGGAAGGCAAGCCGGUCAUCAUCUUGGACAUACUUCAAGAGGUCAACGCUUACCCAUGUGAUACUCCAUCUCAUCCCAUAUCUGCCAUCACCGAAUGGAGAGACGGACUCUUGUCCGGCUUUGACUUCUCAUCCAUCUCCCCAGAUUACGCUAGCAAGAAGGGCAUUUUUGACCCGGAGAGAGUCGUCGAGCGAGCUCGUGAGGUCAGACGGUGGUUGAGGGAUAGACCAGAGCAGGACAUUGUCGUUGUUGCACAUGGUGAUAUCCUCCGAAACAUUGCAGAUGGUAAACGGUCUGGAAGACCCUGGGCCAAUGCCGAAGUCAAAGUGUUCACCUUUGUUUCUGAAUCCGAUGAGGACGCUUCGCUUGUUGAGAUUGGCGAAGUCGCGCCUGUGAAUGCCUCCGAAGAUCCGACUAGUAGCGGAGUGGCAUGAGGUGCCCAUGUCUUGACCGAGCCCAGCGGAAGCUUUAGCUCCCAGGGAGUGACGUUAGAACGGGCCGGGAGAGGAAGCCAAAAAUGAUACCAUACAUGCAUGAGGUGAUCGAAU